CUGGUCGUGAGCUGCAGUUGAGAUGUGGUUCCUUGUUCUUCUCGUCUGCAUCACUGGGAGUGGGCAGGUCGUUCAAGGUAAAAACUGGGUGGUUCUGAAGAAUAGCGACAACCCCUCGGACCCGUGCGAAGGCCACGUUCAAAUCUAUCAUAACAUGACGUGGGGCUAUGCAGGGGACAGCGGCUGGAACGACCUCACAGAGGAAGUGGUGUGUAGGAGCACUCGCUGUGGAAAACCCCUGGAGCAGCCCCCAGAACACAUACAAAUGCCCCCUGGUAGCAAAGUCUGGCUCAAUGAAAUGAAAUGCACUGGAAAGGAGCAACAUCUGUGGGAGUGUUCGCUACCUGGAUGGGGCAUCAGCAAAUACCCAAAACAGACCGUGAGAAAGAUCAAGUGCUCAGAUAGAAUCGGCAUAGCUCUGGAUGGAUUCCGAUGCGCUGGAGCUGUCCAGUACUCCAUCAAUAAAACCUUAGGCUACUUCUGUUCUGAAAAAUGGGGGCAAGCAGAAGCCAAUCGUGUGUGUAAAAGCCUCGGGUGUGGUAAAUCCAAAGGGAAUUCUCAGCCGGACUGGUUGGCUUGGAAAGGAUUCCAGUCCGCAAAAAAGGCGACGAUUGAUUGUUCAAGCAUUGAAAAGGACAUAGAUCAUUUGUGGCAGUGCGUAACUGAGACAUCCACAACGUGCAAAAAGCCUGCUCUUGUCGAAUGUGAAGGUCACGAAAAGCUACAGCUCAGCGGGGACACGUCCAACGCCUGCAGUGGAAUGCUGGAAAUAGAGGCAAAUGGCAAAUGGGAACGUAAUGGCAUAAAAACGAGUCCAGAUGUUUGGUGCCAGCAAAUGAACUGUGGUAUCAAACGCAACCACACCCAGAAAUCCAAUGGCACCGAGGUGAACUGCUCAGACAAAGUUAAGGUACAACUGGUGGAUGAUAGUUCCAAACCCUCCAAUUGUUACGGUAGAGUUUCCAUCUUACUGAAUGGCUCAGACUUUUCUGUGUGUGACACCAACUGGGACUCUCGGGCCGGUGAAGUGGUUUGCCGGGAGCUAGGCUGCGGGAAAGUGAUUGUCGCUGACAAGCGAACUGUCACCAAACCUGGAAUAAUGGACAACGUGAAAUGUUUAGGCAGCGAGUCCUCGCUGUGGCACUGUCAGGCCAAACAUGACAAGCUUCCCCGGUGUUCCUCCUCUGCCUACGUAGUUUGUGAAAAGAGUCUGGACGUGAGGCUGAAGGAUGGUCCUGGGAAAUGUGCCGGGAGAAUGGAGAUCCAGUACCAGGGUGCCUGGAGGAAGGUCAAGAACGAAGGAUGGACGGAAAGCUACUCCAAUUUCUUCUGCGAGCAGCUGAAAUGUGGAGAAAAAGGACGCACUGCGCAGGCUAAAGAGUUCAGCCAGGGUUCGAGUGCUUUCUUCCCUUGGAAGGUGCAAUGUGAGACGGGCGCUUCCCACAUAUCUGACUGCAUUAAAGGACCGUUGAAACAGGACCAAAGCGAGUGGGAGGCCGUGGGGCUAAUUUGCGAGGACCACAAGGUCGUAAUUUUGGAAGGAAGCGCUUCCUGUUCCGGCCUGGUGGGAAUAGAGCACGCCAGUAGAACCUACUGGCUCUCUGGCUCUAACACAACGUGGAACGCAGCCACAGCCGAGCUGGUGUGUCAGCAGAGGCACUGCGGCGGCGUAACGCAAUUCGGCGUCAUCUCUAACUCUGACAUGCGACGAGACGUGUGGAAUAAGUCUGUAACCUGCUCAGUCAAUCAUACAUCGCUGUUCGAAUGUGACGAAAACGAAGCGGCACCUGACCACAAUGAAACUAUUGCAAAUGUAACAUGUUCAGGCCACAUUGCGGUCAAGCUGUCCAACGGAUGCUGGGGGCACGUCAACGUCUCCAUGGGCAACCAGUGGGGAGGCGUGUGCACAGACGCAUGGGGCGAUGCCAAGUCGCUGAGGCUGUGCAAAGACCUGGGAUGUGGGGAUAAAAUAUUGACCCCCAUCUCGAUCCCUGGGGGUUUUCCAGUGAUUCUGAACAGCUUGCACGACACAAAACAAGAGACCAAACUGAGCAAGUGCAACAUCGUUAAAGAUGAGUACAAUGACUGUAAGAAAGGCGCGGCCUACGUAAUUUGCUCAGGCAGUGUCCAAACCAGGAUCACCGAUGCCAGAGACAGCUGUUCUGGGAACGUGGAGGUGUUCUAUGGGGGACAGUGGCUUCCAGUGUGCGGAAAUGCUCUCGACUCCAGCACCCAAGACGCCAUCUGUCAGGAGCAGGAAUGUGGUCAGGCCGACAAGAAGAUCCCUUACGUGGGACCCAAGCCAGCAAACACUCUGGCAAUAUCAGAGCUGAGUUGUCCCACGGGUUUAAAAACGUGUAGCGUCAAGUCUGCACAAGAAAGGUGCACAUUGUCUGGCCUCCAGUGCUCCAACUGGAGCAAGACGACUCUCCGCGACACCUGUAGUGGAGACGUGAUGCUUUACACGCAUGACGACAGCCGCCAUGACCCCGGUAUCUGGACGGAAGGAAGGGCCCACAGUUUAUGCAAUAGUCUGAACUGUGGCAACAUGGAGACGCUGUGGACGAACAUCAAAACUAAUGACAGCCUACCCGCCCUGCGCAAGACUGUCAUCAAAUGCGAUGACAAGCCCAAUGUGACCCUGUCGGGGACGUGUCGGGGCGUCGUGAAGAUAAGCAACAUUGAGGUGUGCAGCGCUACCUGGACGGAGGACCAUUCGCACAAGGUUUGCCAGCAGCUGGGCUGCAGCAACGCCGUCGCUGGUGUGGCUCAUGUGAACUCCCCCAGCCCCAACGCUGAGUACUACCACGUCACGUGCGACAGCUUCCACUCGGAGAUCGGCCAGUGCAAGAGACACAAGGACAAGUGUAAUGAAAAGCUGGUGUCUGUUUCCUGCGUCAAUAGCAUCAAGUUCAAUACCACACAUAAGUGUGGAGGUUGGCUUCAAGUCAACUAUCAGGAUAAGAAAUGGGAAUAUGUUUGUCCUUUCGACAAUCCUCAACGGGCCUUAAUGAACAUGCUGUGUAAAGCUAUUAAUUGUGGAAAUUACAAUGAAAGCAUAAAAAGCACCAGUGAUCUGUCAAAAAAGUUAUCAAAGCCCUUGAACGCAAAGAUCCAUUACACUGAAGACUACAUGAACGUCAGCCACUGUGUCCUCGCUCAAAGUUGUGAAAAAACCACCCCGGCUCGCAUUUUCUGCAACGGGUACGUGUCCCCGGUCGAAGUUCAAAAUGGACCUCCUGUUUCCAUAGUGUCAAUCAUGCUGGGAGUCGGAUUCGUUCUGAUCCUGGUGAUACUGGCCAUCAUAUUUGUACGAAUUUGGUUUAUCAAGAAACGCGGCAGUACCGUUAAAUAUCCCUUGAGAAUGCAUUCACAACACGAAAUGGAGUUUGAAAGCGGAGAGUUUGAACAAAUCAAAGACGGCGAAAUGGAAAGCUUUUCCCACAACAGAUUUAGAUCGGAGUCUGAAGUCAUCAUGGAAAACAGGCUGAGUGCGUCCUCCUUGCCUUAUGACGACAUCGAUGAAGUGGCUCAGCCUCUGACGGCAGCAGGUUCCUCAGGAGGCAACAACCCACACGAAGAAGCUGGAAAGUUGCACCUUCACGUUGUUUCCACCCAUAAACACAAACAACAGCCUGAAAGACCCUUGCUUCAACAUACGGCUAUUUGGCUCCCAACAGACGGGGCGACCUACGAGGUGGAGGACCCGCACGAGAGCUACGACGACAUCGACGCCGACCCAGACGUCACGCAGACCCGAGCUGAGGUCCACGACGGCGCCCACUCGGAGGCUGAAGGCCCUGCUGCAGCGUGUCACCAAGCGCAGCAGGACGGCGACUACCUAGUGCCAGGCCAAGAUGGGUGAGCCAGCAGUGGGUCAGAGGGUCAUGCAGUAAAUCUAAUCUAGCAGCAAACCCAGGUUUCCAUCUUCAAAACUCGUGCUGCUCCUGUUGGUGCAGAGCAUUUCAUUAUUAUUAUACUUUAAAUUAAUUUCACAUAGCUUUCAGAAAAUAUGCUUAGGCGCUAACACGAUGUCAAACAAUUACAUUAUUCAACAUAUUUUUAAGUGAAUGUCCGUUAUUCUUUAGGUGAGAUUUUUCUGUAAUAUUUACUUGCAAUAUUUUAGUUUGUAAAUGUCCUUAAACUUUAAACCAACUGUUUCUACUGUACAUCUCCACCAUAAAAACUGCUUCAGAAAAAUGUGGAUAAUGUUAAUGCUACUAGAGUCAAACUUCUGUAACUCAUCAGAUACAUCAAACCCAGGUCAUACUGACACAUUGUUGCAUUCACAUUUACAUUCAUUCACAUAAAUAGGAAAGGAUAAAUAAAUGAAUGAAUGUAAAUGGAAUUAAUUCAUAGUUUCUCAGUGUAAGUAUGAUCCAGAUUGUUUAUUUUGCUUUAAAUUUAACUUUUUAUUUGUAAAAAUAAAAUGAUAAAUUGUGUUACUUUGCAUAAACUUUUCAGAUUUGUUGCUACUUCAUCUUAUACUUUACAUUUAUUAAAAUACAUAAAAACUGAAUAAGUGCUGAACAGCAAUUUUGUCUAGAAGAAUAAUUAAAUUCUUUAUAAAUUCUUUAUCUCUAGUUCUGGUUUAAGCCUUUAGGUUCUGUCCGCUACCUGCAGUACACGGUGCCUUCCAUAUGUGAGUUUCGGAAAUGGCUCAGAUGUUGAGUAUCAAACUGUAUGUUGUAUUUGUCAUAUAUAGUUUGAUACACAGCACAAUAAGCCGUUUUUCACGAGGCAACGUUUGCACAGUGGAGCGAUUGCUUCUCGUUAUGGAUUUUUGUGAGUCGUCCGAUGCCGCUGGACGACAACAACAACAGUUCGACUCCAGUUUCGUCCCCAUGCGCUCUAACAUUCUCCAUAACCACUAAAAGUUCCAGCCCGAGUGGUCAAGACGUACGAGAGCAGCUGCUGCGCCGCGAAUGUCCCCGCGAGUGAGGCCGUCCAUCCGUCAGGACCCUGACAGACAUGCUGGCCCUGCUUUAAAGAGAUGACAGAACAGCCAGAGACACGCGUGUUUAGUCAGGAUUUAACCGAGGGCCUCGGAGAUCACAGAGCUAGCUGAGCACCCAAAGGGACUAAUUUGUAGGCAGUGAUAUGUAAACAUCACACCCAGCCGUGCUGUCAGAGGCCUCUGCUGGCGGAUCGUUGUGGGGAUUUAGUCUGAGCUGAAACCGAUACAGCAGAGACACGGGGACCCGCGAGUGAGGUAAGAGGUCAUAUAUUCAUUCUGUGUCAGGUGCCUCGUCUCCAGAGGGGACCCAGUGGGACCAGUGGGACCAGUGGGGGCUUAAGGGUUGUUGUUUACUUAAAUUUGUAAAAUUAUAAUGAGAAAUCCUCCUCCGCUGACAGCAGAGUGUGAUCUGUUGACAAUAAAGCUAAUUCUUCUGUUAGCGCUGUGUAAGUGGCCAGUCGUACCCUGACCUCCUUCCACCUGGCGUUAAAGGAUCACACCGGUGUUUCGACAUUACAGUUAAUCCACGCUUACCCCCAUCUGCUCCUCAGACACUGCUACAGCUGCAGGUGGUUUCUCACUAAACAUCCUCCUUCUGCGGUGAAUUCUGUUCAUGCCUCCACACGUAAUGAAUUGAUCCAAACCGCCGCCGGAGGCCCUGAUGAUGCUGCUGUAAUGGAUCCCCAGCUGUGGUGAUUUUCCAUAACAUGGGCGUAUUAUUAAUAGAGCUUAAUCAGCGGAGUCAUCUAGGAAGCCUGGACGUCUCCGAUGUCCGUGUGUGUGUGUGUGUGUGUGUGUGUGUGUGUGUGUGUGUGUGUGUGUGUGUGUGUGUGUGUGUGUGUGUGUGUGUGUGUGUGCGUCCGGAGGCGUGAUGGGACCUUUUCCUACUGAGAAAUGUGACAGAACAUGCCGCCUACAUGUGACUUCUUACACAGCUGGUGUUUUCUUUCGAGACUCAGUUUUAAACGUCUGUCACCCAGAUACUUGGAUGUGAUUUAAUGCUCAACAGUUGUGAAUAUGGGAAAGGUUAAAGAAAGUUGUUUUAUCAUGUAGUAAAUAACUGAGGCAAAUUAAAUGUUGGAUUAAAUAUCGGGAAUUAAAAUACUGUAUGUGAGAUAUAUUAGUUAGUUUAUAUAUUAUAAACAGAAAUUUGGGUUUUAUACUGUUUUGUGCAACCACUUUGUGGAAAGGGGUGGUCUGUUUAGCUUAUCACUUAUUACUUAGUAACUGCAAAGAAAAAGUCAUGUCUCUGAGACUGGAAGAGAAGAUGUAUUUUAGAGAUAAGUCCAUAAAAUAGAGAACUGUAACACUUUUAGUACUGGCUUCUGACACAACAUUCGAUUGUAGAAGACGAUAUAGACCUCACAACCUGGCAACCCCCAAGUGGUUCUUUGUAAAACGUCAGCCUCAUCUACACAGAACCUUAUUUAAUUUUCAUUGCCUAAUAAAUGCAUCUGCUUUUUCAUGUGUCA